AUGCGGCGAGCAUGGUCUCUGGCGUCAGGGUCGGUGCAAGCGAGGCUGGGCUCCAGCUCCCCGCAGGCGCUCUUCGAUCGGAUGAACCAGCUGGCCGAGGAAGGCGACGUCCUCGCUGCCGAGCGCUGCUUCGGCGCCCUUCGUGCCGCGCUGCCGAAGGAGACGAUCCGCAAGCUGUACCAUACCAAUCUCAAGGCUUGUGCCAAUGCUGGCGCCUUCCGGAAAGCUCUGGUCGUCUUCGCUCGCAUGCGCGAAGACGGGGUGCGUCCGUCUCCUCGCAGCUUCGGCAAGCUGCUGAACGCCGCCGCUCGCAGCAGCGAAGCCAACUGGGCUUUGCUGCUGCUCAAAGCGCAAGAGCAGGUUACCGGCAGCGACCUCCCUUCCUUGGGAGCUUUGUUGGAUGCCUUCGCAAGGGGCGGGCAGAGCGAGGCGGCAGCUGCGCUUCUGGAGGCGACAGCGAUCGCUCCAGAUCGUCAGGCCUACAGCAUCGUGAUCAAGGCCUUUGCACAGGACGGGCGACCCGGCGAGGCUGCCGCAUGGCUUCAACUGCUCUCUGAUCCUGACAUUGAAGCGUUCAACACGGUGAUGCACGGAUAUGCUCGCCUCGGGCAGGUGGAGGAAGCGGAGGUCUGGAUGGCCCGCGCAAUUGCCCUGCACCUCGAGCCGAAUUUGGUGAGCUACACCACCUUAGUGGACGCUUGCGCCAAGUCCGGGCAGCCCGGCCGCGCUCUGCACUUCCUCAGACAGGCGGGCCAGAAAGGGCUGGCCAUGGAAGCGAGGCCCUACCAAGCAGCCAUCGACGCCUGCGCCAAGCUGGGCUACGUGGCAGAUGCGGAAAAGCUCUUCCAGGAGAUGCAGGCGUUGCAGCUGGAUCCCGGCCUUGAGUCUUUCACUGGGCUGGUGCGUGCGGCCUCUCGUGCCGGGCAGCCUGCUGAGGUUGCUGAGUCAUGGCUUCGUCGCGCGGAAGCUGUCCUCAAGGCGGAUGUGGUACUUCUGAACUCUGUUAUCACGGCCUGGGCAAGAGCUAGAGACGCGGAGCGAUGCCUCUUCUGGUUGGAUGGAAUGAAGUCCCGGAAGUUGGCUCCCACAGCUGCCUCCUUCACGAGUGCGCUAGCAGCAUGUGGAAGCGGUGCCAAAGACCAGCAGAGGAGGACCGCAGAUGAGAUUUGGAGGCGGCUGCUCCAGCACCCCGUGGACUUGGACCCUCGCCUCUGCGCUGCUGUGGAGAGGGCUGCAUGGGAAGAGGUGUCUGGUAUGAGAUUCACACAAGGCGUUGUUCACAGUUUCGGCAAAAACGAAGUCAGGCGCCAUCGCGCAAAUGCUGACCCAUCACAGGAAGUGCCCAGCCGCCUCAUGUGUUCGGGCCGUCUCUUCGUGCGAGCUCAGGUCGCGAUCCGGGCUGCACCGGCGGCCAACGCUGAGGUCUUGGACACAAUCCGCCCUGGGGAUCUGGUACGUGUAGCCGAGAUCGAAGCUGGGCACUGGGCCCGCCUGGACGACGACGAGGUCUGGGCUCGCUGGACAAUGAACUGGCCGCGCUGGCCCAAAGGUGUGACGGAGGACGGUGAGGAUAUCGGGGCUGGUGCUGCCAGCAAGGCGGCUGUUCCAUCGGCGGCCUACAUCCUCAUUGAUGGCACACAGGUUGGCCUGAAGACGCAGCUGAUAGAGCGGCUUCCUGAUGACGAGGCGGAGAAGGCGCAGUGGCCUUUCGGCAAGGCUCUCGAGCACCACUGUGCCGAGGUGAACGCGGCCUAUCAGCGCCAGGUUCCGGAGGCAGCCAAGGCCUUGAGGCAGAGGUUUGUGGAUGCUGCGCUCAAAUAUGUCGGCAUUCCUUAUCACCGAAGCUACCACGAUCCUGCCAGUGGGAAGUGCAAGCCCGGCAGCAAGCUGAAGGAUGCGCCCCUCUUUUUGGACAACAUCCAACUUGUGCAGAAGGUGGUCGAGGACCUCAAGCAGGAGUUUGGCUUCUUGCUGAUUUCGAACUGCAAGCCUGUGCACUGCCGCGCCACGCUGCCCAUCUCUUUUGAGGAUCCAGCCGACUGCGAACCCGGAGACCUUAUCUUUCAUGAGGAGCUCGACGUAGAGGGGGCACCGUCCGGGCGGAUCUCACAUGUGGAGAUCUUCAUCGGCGGCUCCACUGGCCGUGAAUCUCUGGGCUCCAUGCCCUGGAACGCACACCCACGAACGCAGGAGAAGGACGGCGUACAGAUCUUCGAGGACUACAGGAUUGCCAAAGAGACGGGAAAGGCGGACUACCGUCUCCACUGCCAUUCCAUCCGCACCUGGCUGCUGUCAGAGGAGCGAAUCCCGUCCAUCACGUUUCGUCUUAUGAACAGGCUCACCUCCCUUCCGAACCUUGUUUCCUUGCGCCCGCAGCCGAUUCUGCCCAAAUCGGAAGACGCAGCCGACGCCGCGUUCGUGCAGCAGAGAGUGCUUGGUUCCUGCUCCUCGGUGCCAGACCUCCCAGACCAUCCCAGACCCAAGCUCUUUAAGAGCUAG